AACUGACAAAGCGGUAGAGAGAAGCAGAAAAUGCUAACAACGCUACCAAUUGCUCCAUCUCCUGCUCCAAUGAAUCUCCCGCCACAUGUCCAUUCUCGUUCCUAUAGACCUCCUACAUCGUUUUGUCUUCGUAGUGAAAGCGGUACUCACAACGCCUCUUCAAACUCCAAUGCUUCCCGCAGAAUCGCUCUAUUUCAACUCGGGGCUGCUAUUCCUCAGUUGCAGCUGUUUGGUGUAGCACCUACUAAGUUACCCAGAGCUGAGGGAAACACCACGGAGGUUGGCAUCUAUGGAGAUAUGGCUUUUGCGAGUACUGCUGUAACAGAGCAAAAUCUACUAGAGUGGGUGAAGAAUGACAAGAGAAGAAUGCUCCAUGUUGUUUACCGUGUUGGAGAUCUGGACAAGACGAUUAAAUUUUAUACUGAAUGUUUGGGGAUGAAGCUGCUUAGAAAACGUGACGUACCCGAGGAAAAAUAUGCAAAUGCUUUUCUUGGAUAUGGGCCUGAAGAUUCCCAUUUUGCUGUUGAGCUAACUUAUAAUUAUGGAGUUGACAAGUAUGACAUUGGAACUGGAUUUGGCCAUUUUGGUGUUGCAGUAGAAGAGGUCUCCAAAACAGUAGAUCUUGUGAAGGCAAAAGGUGGUAAAGUUACCCAAGAACCUGGUCCUGUCGAAGGUGGAAGUACCAUUGUUGCCUUCAUUGAGGAUCCAGAUGGUUAUAAGUUCGAGCUUUCGGAGAGGGGGCCUACACCUGAGCCUCUUUGUCAAGUAAUGCUUCGAGUUGGUGACCUUGAUCGGUCGAUAAAUUUCUACAAGAAGGCUUUUGGAAUGGAUCUCCUUGGCAAAAGGGAUAACCCCGAGUACAAGUAUACCGUAGCCAUAAUGGGCUAUGGUCCUGAAGACAAAAAUGCUGUGUUGGAGCUGACAUAUAACUAUGAGGUCACUGAAUACAGUAAAGGAAAUGGCUAUGCACAGAUUGCAAUUGGCACGGAUGAUGUUUAUAAGUCUGCAGAAGCAAUCAAGCGGUGUGGAGGAAUAAUUACUCUUGAACCUGGAGCCCUGCCAGUUAUCAACACGAAAAUCACUGCAUGUUUGGACCCUGAUGGUUGGAAAUCAGUUCUGACCAGUUUACCUUUCGCAUAUUAUCAAACGUCACCACAUCUGCCUACAUACAAUUUACAGAGGGACUGAUGUAUAUCAUGCUUAGACACGGGAUUUGAAUAUCUGAACCAACCUCUAACUUGAUUCUUUUGUGCAGUGCUCUAGUUACUCAUAUUCACCACUUCCUAGCUAGUGACACAUUUUUUUUAUUAAGUUGGGAUCUAAAUGAAAAUAGUCCUGACUACAUUUUUCUGCAACAUAUAAGUAACUAAACUAGUCAAUUAUUUAAAGAAACAUGUAGAAUUGUAUAGAGUUCUAUAGACUUCUUUUCUAGUUUUUGUAAGUGUGAAGUGUGGAAAACUGAGCCAGACAGAACUAAUUCCUUAAUGGCGCUACCGUUUGACUAGUCAUGGUAGAUUUCUCAACUGGCUCAUGUCAUUGUCAACCGAUGGUUUUAUACUACGUUAUCAAGAUACCAUGUUAAAAUGAUGCAUUCUAACAAUCUCAUUACCGACAUAUCUCGAGCAAUAGUUGUUUCUUUGGAUGAUUUUUUUAAAGCUACAUUGCCAAUUUGCAUGAUCUGAUUUUUCACUACCUUUGUAUUUUCCUU